AUGAAUCGACUUUUUAUUGUUCUUGUUGUUUAUCUUGCUAUACAAGGAACAAUUGCUGAUCUUAAAACGAAGCGACAAGAAUGUCGAGAUUAUGUUGGCGAUCGUUCAAAUUGUCAACGAUUUGUUCGUUGUUUUCAUAAUUUAAGAGUUUUAUUCACAUGUUCUAAUGGUACAGUUUAUGAUCCUAAAUUAAAAACAUGUGUUGAUAAAGAUUUAGUUACCGAUUGCGAUGAUUCAAAAGAUCGAGUUGAGAUAACAAUCAGUACAAAUGUUAAUGCAUCUGUUGAUGACUAUCCAACCAUUGAAGCUGAUGCAAAUGCACUUGAAGUGAUAUCACUAAAGGAUGUUACAGGCAAAGAUUCAUCUGUCAACGUAGCAAGACAAUUCGGUUGUGGAUCAUAUUGUAAAAAUCAAGGUGUUUGUGUUAUUGUUGCUCAAGCAGUUACUUGUCAAUGUCAAACUGGUUAUACUGGUCUCCAAUGUCAAGUAGCACAGUUUCUUAUCUCUACAAGAGACGGUUGUGAUUCAAAUAUAUGUGAUAAUGGUGGAACUUGUAUAGAUGUCUAUCCAAAUACGAUUGAAUGUAUUUGUCCACCUGGUUUUGUUGGAUCUUUAUGUAGUUAUCUUGAUAUUACUACUACAAUUACACCUAUUACUGACAAUCCUAAUCAACCAUGUUUAGUAAAUCCUUGUUUAAAUGGAGCAUUUUGUUUAACUGUACUUGGUGGAGGCUUUCGUUGUGUCUGUCUAACAGGCUAUACAGGUCUCUUAUGUGAUUCUACAGAUAUUGCAACUAGUACAGGUUGUGGUAUGAGUAAUCCUUGUUUACACUCGGGAAUAUGUAUACCGAUAUUAAACGGCUAUCAAUGCCAAUGUCUAGACAAUUAUGUUGGUAGUCAUUGUCAAACUAAUAUAGCUGUUGUCGUUCUUCCACUACCAAAUCAAUGUCAACCAAGUCCAUGUCAAAAUGGUGGUACUUGUUAUCUUCGACAGGGUACAUUUGGCUGUACAUGUCCAAUUGGUUUCAGUGGUGUAUGUUGUGAAAUAAACUUAGCUGCUACAAAUCCAUGUUGGGCUAAUCCAUGUGUAAAUGGUGGAACAUGUCAAAUAGCAGGACCUAAUCUUUUCCGAUGUGUAUGUCCAACUGGUUUCAAUGGUCUUCGCUGUGAAUUACGUGUAUGUGAUCCAAAUCCAUGUUUAUAUGGUGGUAUCUGCAUGGUUAUUGGUAAUUCAUUUCAAUGUCAAUGUCCACCACAAUAUACUGGACCAACUUGUGCUAUUUUAAUUCCACCACCAAAUCCAUGUCUAUCUCAACCAUGUCUCAACGGGGGUACAUGUACACCAACAGGUCCAACAACAUAUGUUUGUUCAUGUACACCAAGUUACUAUGGUCCAUGCUGUGAAAUUCGUAAUUAUUGUAUACCAAAUCCAUGUUAUAAUGGUGGUUCAUGUGUUGCUACAACAACUGGUUAUAUUUGCCAAUGUUCAUUUCCUUUUACAGGUAGUAAUUGUGAAACAUUGAUUACUACACCAAUGCCUCGACCUGUUUGUGCCUGUGUUAUUUGUCCAUGUCCAACACCAGUCGUUACAGUAGUUAAUCCAUGUUUGCCUAAUCCAUGUCAAAAUAAUGGUGGUUGUGGUGUUGUUCAAAAUAUAGCUCGUUGCUAUUGUCCAGGUAGUUUUACUGGUUAUUAUUGUCAAUUUGCACGUAAACGAGCUAUGAGCAAUGCUCCAUGUGCUAAUGUGACAUGUAUGAAUGGUGGUGAAUGUGUUGUUAAUGAAGAUGGUCCACAAUGUACAUGUCCAAAACCAUAUUAUGGUCAACAUUGUGAAUUAAUGAAUCGACCACGAACAUGUACACCAAGUCCAUGUGGUAAAGAUGGUCAAUGCAUAAUAACACAAGAUGGUUAUAAAUGUCUUUGUAAAAACGAUACAACAGGUGUACUCUGUGAACAAAAACUAAUGCCAAAAAAUUAUCGUUGGUGUCCCAUAGAUUGUCGUGCUGGUACAAAUUGUGUUUAUGAAGGUAGUGCACCUAAAUGUCGUGUUCUUUAA